GUCUCGGCUGCAGCUGCGUUCCUGUGGGGCAUAUCUAACUCCUUUGUCUUCUUCUUCUUCCUCCAUCGACAAAAAUUCCAAAUUAGGGAUUGCAUUUUCGGAUUCAAAUUCGAUCCAAUUGCGCUCUCUUUUUUUUUUUCUCUUUUUCUGCGAAAUUUUUUCAAUCCAAACUCAAACUUCUGGUUGAAUGUUGAUUACUAUCCUCUGUCUGGUGGAAUUCCGCGACUCCUUUGUUUUAGGUCCAUGGGAAAUGCCAAUGGUAGAGAAGAGACUUCUUCCGCCGGCGGUGGAGGAUCAAUAGUUGAUGCCGAUGGACAUGGUGGUCCGGUGACUGACAAUCCGGUGCCUGCUGAAACCAGUAACGUUGUUUCUUCAGAUUCCAUGGGGAAUACUCCUCCUGGUAGCCCUGGCAACUUCCGAUCCCCGAUCUUGUUCUCUCCGCAGGUUCCUGUAGCUCCCUUACGAGGAGGUAAUGGUCCGACAACCUACAACGAAGCCUGGCAGAAUGAAUUCCAUGGAGUUGAAGAUAAUCCUCCAGAGCAAGGAAUCCCCACAAUCAUUACGUGGAGCUAUGGUGGUAUCAAUGUGGCUGUCGAGGGGUCUUGGGACAACUGGGCAUCCAGGAAGACCCUGCAGAGGUCUGGUAAAGAUUUUUCGAUAGUUAUGGUCCUUCCAUCUGGAGUAUAUCAUUACAAGUUCAUUGUUGAUGGUCAACAGAGAUAUAUUCCAGACCUUCCUUUCAUAGCUGACGAGAUGGGCAAUGUCUUUAAUCUUCUCAAUGUUUCUGAUAGUGUGCCCGAUAUUCUACAGAGCGUGGCUGAGUUCGAGUCUCCACCGUCUCCCGAGACCACUUACAGCCAGGCAUUCCCCAGAGAGGAAGAUUUCGCUAAGGAUCCAGCAGCCGUGCCAUCGCAGCUGCACCUCACAGUUUUAGGUAUGGAGAAUGCAGAUGAAGCUUCAUCCUCGAAGCCUCAACAUGUUGUGCUUAACCACCUCUUCAUAGAGAAAGGAUGGGCUUCUCAGUCUGUGGUUGCCUUGGGACUUACCCAUAGGUUCCAUUCCAAGUACGUCACCGUCGUCCUCUACAAACCGCUGAAAAGGUAGUCAUCGUUGAUUUUUCUUUCGUGCUGAACUUUGUAAAGGAUCACGAACCACGACCACGUCCUCCAUCACCUGUGGAGGAAAUCUUGUUUCAUAGAACUGCUUGGCCAAAAGAUGUUUGCUUGCAACAAAAAACUCUUUUUUUCCGAUCCAAUAUUUCUUCAGUCUGUGAAGGAAUCUUGUUUUAUAGAACUGCUUGGCCAAAAGAUGUCUCAUUCCCUCUUCUCUAACUGUAUCAAUAGUAGUAGAUUUUGAUAGAUCUGAAAAUUUUCUUUAA